AACAGUCCUUAAUAAUAUUACAGGUUGGUGAAUCGAGUUUGAAGCAGAAAUGAACAGACAAAAACGUUGCAUUUAUUUAAAAACAAAAAAUUGGCUGUGUCAUUUUCAUUUGCACUCUUUUUCUAUUUCAUUAAGAUAACUUUUAUAUAAAUUUUAUAAUAUAAUGGCUGCUGUAGCAGUUAGUCAACCCCCUCAAAUUCCUGAAGAAAGUCCUAAAGAUAAAGCACUUCAAGAUUAUCGAAGAAAGCUUCUUGAGCACAAGGAAAUCGAGGGACGUUUGAAAGAAAUGAGGGAACAAUUAAAGGAAUUCAACAAGCUGUAUGAAAAAUCAGAAAAUGAUUUGAAAGCUCUACAAAGUGUUGGACAAAUUGUUGGAGAAGUUUUGAAACAACUGACUGAAGAGAAAUGUAAGAAUUCAGCUUUUUUUAAAAAAAAAUUAUUCUAAUUAAUUAACUUUUUUAUUGUCACAGAU